AUGGAAUCGUCUUUGAAAGGGUCCACUGCCCUUGUUACGGGCGCAUCAAUGGGCAUAGGAGAAGCCAUUGCACUUGCGUUGGCGGGCAAAGGAAUGAAUAUUGCCCUCCUAGCGCGAAGCAAAGAUAAAUUGGAAGCCGUUCAGGCACAGAUCGUCGAAAAGUAUCCCUCAGUCAAGGCUCGCGCCUACGCAGUCGACAUUCAAGUCCACACCGAAGUCGACGCCGCGGUGCAAAGUGCCAUCACUGAACUUGGCGAAAUCGAGGUAUUGGUCAACAAUGCUGGACUGGCGCUCGGUGCACCCGCGCGCUUCUGGGAGCUCCCAAUCGGACUUAUCAACCAGAUGAACGGCACGAACAUCGCCGGAGUCAUGUACACAACACAUUCCGUGCUGAACAGGAGCAUGUGGCCUAAGAAACGUGGCACAAUAAUCAACGUCUCCUCCGUAACUGGUCUGGAAUGUCCUCCUUUCAACGGCGAAGCUGUUUACCAUGCCAACAAGGCCUGCCUGGAGGGCUUCACCAACAGCCUUCGGAAUGAGACGGCCGGCUCAGAUAUUCGAGUCCUGGCCCUGAGGCCGGGAGUUGUUGCUGGCAAUUUUCAUUUGCAACGUGUGAAGUUUGACCAGGACGCGAUGGAUGAAUUCUUUUAUGGCUAUGAGCCUUUGGCUGCUGCCGAUCUUGCGGAUGCGGUGUGCUUUAUGGUUAGUCGUCCUGGACGGACGUCGAUUAAGGCUUUGGACUGUGUGCCCACUGCUCAGAGGUCGUUGACUUGUUUUGAUCGUGAAUGGAAUUCUCGACAAGGCAAGGAGGCGUGA